CGGGGAACCGUCGCUUGUGAGAGGCUUAGUGAACUCGGUUUAGUGAACACGCUCCCCCCCUCCCCAGGAGAGCCAGGGAGUGCUGUCCGUCCUGUAUUUGCACGCUCUCCCGCCCCACCCCGGGGAUCUCACUAGUCCCUCCCGGUCCGAUGUACUGGUUUGCGUAUCUCUAAUUAUCCCAAACGAUUUCCAGGUCCCUCUGCACACAGUCAGACCUCCAGCAGGAUAACGAGACCUUUGACAGAAAGCGCCCUCUUCAGUCGGCAACCCUUCCUAGAUACUGCCCAACAUCUCAGGGGGCUCAGGUCACUGGAGCUCGCUGCCUAAGCCAAGAAGCAGAAGGGGCCUGCCCCACGGGCUUCCUGGGGGCCGCUUUGCUCGGCUGUUUGCAAUCCUAGGUCCCUGUGAGGCAGCAGCCUCUGCUGGGCAGUUGUGUGUCGACUUUUUGAAAAUGUAAAUAUGCCGAGUUUAAAAAUUACUUUUAUUUAUUUACAUAUGUGAGUGUGCAGGCGAGGCCAUCAGGAUGACUUUGGGGAGGUGGGUCCUCUCCUUCCACCAGGCACCUCUCAGGCCUUUAUCCCAGGAGCCGUCUUGCUGGUCCAUAAGCAUGCCUUUCUGCAUAAUAAAAGUGCUGCUGCUGAGUGUAAGAACAGAAGCCAAGUGUUAGGAACGUGACAGUCCCAGGUCCACUGUAGACGUGAGCUUGGCUGUUGUUCUUCACUGUUCUAGACCAUGCCUUCGGUGGGCACACAGGCACCCUUUUCCUAAAAUCAACCCUCUGGCCCACCGUCAGGCCCACCUUUAUCAGCCUGGCUGCCUGCCCUAGAGGCUGCACAGCCUCUGCGCCUAGUAUCUCUUCCUGGUCAGACACGUGAGUGGCCGGGCAGACUCUUCACACUUGACCAAGAACAGGGUGUAAAUCUGGGAGGAAAUGAAGCUGGAUUCCAGAUGCACCCUGGAACUGUUAGCAGAGAGCUUCGCGCUGCUCUGGCACCGCUCUGCCUACUCCGCUGCACGUUCCUCACACCUGAAGUAAUCAGAGUGGCAGUGCAGUUAAAGGAGUUGGCAAAACAACCUUGGUCCAGAAAGCCAGCGAGGCCCUGCAGUCCUCCGGGGUCCCUGUGGAUGGAUUUUACACCCAAGAAGUCAUACAGGGAGGGAGGAGGAUCGGAUUUGACGUGGUCACGAUGUCCGGUGCUCGAGGGCCCCUGUCCAGAGUUUGGUACUGCUGUUUUGUGUCUGCGGGGUUUUGUCUCUAGCCUGGCCCGUCCUCGUCUGGGAGCGUAUCUUCUCUUUGUCCCACAGAUUCCCUCCGAAAAGCACGAGUAUCGAGUGGGGCAGUAUGUGGUGGACCUGGCUUCCUUUGAGCAGUUGGCCCUACCGGCCCUGAGAAACGCCGGUUCUGGCCGUGCCUCCGGGCACAAGGUGUGCAUCAUCGACGAGAUCGGGAAGAUGGAGCUUUUCAGCCAGCCCUUCAUCCAGGCGGUCCGCCGGAUACUGUCCACGCCGGGCACUGUGGUCCUGGGCACCUUCCCGGUCCCCAAAGGGAAGCCGCUGGCCGUAGUGGAGGAGAUCUGGAACCGGUGUGACGUGAAGGUGUACAGUGUCACCAAGGAGAACAGGAACAGCCUCUUGCCAGACAUCGUGUCCUCCCUGCAGAGGAGCCGGCCCUGAAGCAGCAGCUCUGCCCACCACCCUGGGUGGCGUCCCGGGGUGUGUGUGUGUGUGUGUGUGUGUGUGUGUGUGUGUCCCCCACCCCCAUCAGGUUCACCCAGCGCCCAGAGGCCAUGAGCCCUCCAUUGUGUCGUGUGCUUGGGGCUUCUGUCUGCUUCCCUGUGCAGUUGUGCAUGUGACUUGAGUAAAUUCUGAAGUGAG